CUGUUGUUGCCAACAACAAUACACAGUCUUCUCUCUCUUGGAAUUUCUGCCAGGCUUGAACGAGCACUGCACCAAUUUCUCGGAAGUCGCUGGCGCUGCUUUCCGUGCUGGGACAGGGAAGGGGGAGCCGUAGCACGCGCACAUCCCCGCGCGUGGAAAGCUGCGAGCCUGGGCGACUGCGAUUCCCCAGGCUGGACGACGACGAGAGACCAGGCAGUCGCUGCUCGUGGCGGGCGUCCGAUGCGAGGCCUGCAACACCACGGGAGUCCUGUAGCAUCGCAGUGACGACGGCAUCAUGGACCGCUCGUCACGCUCUUCGGUCAACAGCCGCCGCACCAACUCGCACGCCGCGCGAGAGACUCUGCGCCGCAACAUGAGUGGCAGCUACUCCAAGCGCAAUACCCACGUUUCCGAGCACGAUGCCUACCUUUACGCCCUGCGCGCCGCAUACCUGGUUUAUCUGCUGCAGCCGCGGCAGAAGCGGGUGCAGCAUGUUGCCAACACCUCCAAGCCCAUUCAGCGGAGUGGCACUUCGAUCAAUGACAUGGUCCGGGAUUUCAGUUUGAUGCGAGACAGCAAGAGCACCAAAUUCCCCCAUGGCUUCAUGACGGCGCUCGAUAAGCGCCUGACGGGCGUGUUGACCGGCACGGAGAAGAUGCCUGAGUAUCACAACAGCGAUAUCAAGAGGACUUUUGGUGUGUUCUUGAAUGAGUUCAAGAAUCCCACUUUCCGAAAGAGUAUGGAGAAAGAUAGAAAGGUUGAGGAUUUGUUGUUGAUCUUCUUUUCAAAGGCCACGGCCACGCUGCAGCUGGGAAAAGGGCCAGAAGAUGACGGUUGGAAACUCAUGGUCGACCGCCACGUAGCGCUGUUCGUCAGGCUCAUUAGUAGCACACUGAACAACAACGACUGGACCAGAGACCGACCUGAACUCACAAGCAGGCUCAAAUCGCUGGAGACCAAAUUAUUACAACACGAUCAGGACCUUGCAGAUGAGAAACAGAGAAAUGGCGGUCAAGGAGGCACCAGCGUGGAAGUCGAAGUGCCACGUUCGUACGAAGUGAAGGAUAUGCCGCUAGUUAUCAGAGUGUGUAGGGUAUUCUCGAAACCGACAGUGCAGGCCCAGAACGAUAUAAACGCGCACAAGGACCAUUGGACGGAGAAAGAGGCGUUGCGAGAUUUGAAGGAGUACCAAACACAUUUGAGUCUGAAUACCCGGGUAACAUUGUCGAAGGAUGAUUUUGACCUGGAUGAAGCAUACGAGGCGUGGCGAAAAGGUGAACUCAGUGAAUUGAGCCAGAUGAUGCUGGCUCUGCUACAGUCAGAUCCGACUCUUGCGAAGAGCUCGAGCGCAGUGCUCCCUCAGCUGAAGGCCCCACAUACCGCAAACAACGACGCCAUGUACAGCGAACUAGGCAAGUCUCUCUCGAAGCAGGGCAGUGAGCUCGAUGCCAGCUAUGUGUUAGAUCACCCCGUGGAUAUUAGUGGACUGAACUUGGACGAUUCCUCGCCGCGCGACUCUGGUACCGGAUCGAUCGACGGAUCACAAGGCAAUUUCACAUUCAUCCCACCCGACGUCAAAGCGUAUUACAGACAGGCACUCAAGCUCGCGUUGACCGCCGACCUCGAAGACGAAGAUGUGCAGGCGAACGGAGAUGGGCCGAAAUUGAUUUCCGCCCCUACACAAGAACUUCUCAACGAGAUAGCGCAGCGAUGGCGAGUGCCAGCUUUUACGAGGAUGGUGUUAUUCCUGGACGUCAUCCGAGAAAAGUACCAGAACCAAGAAAUAUCGCUCGAUACAUUAGACGCGGCAUUCCAAUUGGCCAAGUCACCGCCCCCGGAGCCGAAGAAAGGCAAGGCUCAGUCGCCAUUUGUGGACUUCUACGAUCGAAACAAGUGGACUGUCAGCGAUUUCGCAACAAUGCAAAGCUUAUUGAAUGGGCUGCAGGACGCUCUGUUGCGCGAAUUCUAUGAUAUGUUUCAACACGUGUACGAGAACAAACCACCAGCAUUUUCUACCAUCAUGGUUGUAUUGGAGGAACAUGUGUGGUCCGAUCCGUCCUUUAGUAGGAAUGAGGAAGACAUGACCGCUUUCGCCAACAUGAUGACCGAGCAAUUACGUGGCAAGGCGCGGGAUCAGUACCAUGACCUUUUAUCGAAACAUGUGCCAGAUGAGUCUGCCAACUGGGAGUUCUUCAACGUUAUUCAGCUGGGCCAAGCAGUGACAGGACUGUGCAAUAAGAUCCAGAAGCGUUUUAGGAAAAUGCCGGAUGUAAUGGGGGUGAAGCCACUUCCCAUCUUGGUUGAAGAGAUCCUACCUUCAUUCUCGAGCGAUGCGAAGGAGCUUGUUGCACGCAUCAUGGAAGUUACUAAAGCACGCGGGGAGGAGGUUCCGGUGCAAGACGGCUUCGAGCUGUACGCAGCCAUGGUUGAGAUCCGUGGCGUUUACUCACAAGCUCUGCCUGGACGAGAGUUUGCAUUCGAUAUUGAGCAUCACCUGCAGGACUUUGUAUGGCGUUGGAUAAAUUUGACUGACAGCAAACUUCUCGACUGGAUCGAAGGCAGUGUUGCUCACGACGACUUCAAGAUCAGGCAAGAUCCAGCCGCAGAGGCACGUGGAGAGUCACCUACUGACGAGGAGCGACACUCUCAGAGUGCAAUCGACGUUUACCGGAUCUUCAACCAAAGUAUCGAACAAAUUAUCAAGCUCAACUGGGACAAUGACUUGCAAUAUGCGAAGUUCAUGACUGCGAUCAGCAAGUCGAUCGGCAAAGGCGUGGCGCGGUAUUGCGAGCUCGUGGAGACGAAGUUUGCGAAAGAAAUGGACCGCCAGACGCCAGAACAAGAAGCUCGCGCACAACAAACGCAACGUGAAAGAUGGAUGUCAGUUGCGCGUGAUGCGUGGGCAACUGGCAGCCUCAGUCAAAAGAUCGAACCCUUCAAUUUCUGGCCCGAAAGCUUUGUCAAGAUCAACGACAUUGAGUACGCGACGCUUCAGCUUGAUAAAGUCGAGGCUGAGAUGAAUGUCGAUGCUUGCGUGGAAGCGAUUCAAAGACAUGAGCCUCCGCCUCCGCCAAGUGUUCGCAAGCGAGGCAACAACAAAUGCAUGUUCACUAUAAAGAUCAUUGAAGCCGAGGACCUCAAAGCAGGUGAUAUGAAUGGAUUGAGUGACCCGUACGUUGUCCUUGGUGACGAGUACCAGAAACGCUUGGCCAAGACGAGGACAGUUUACCAGUCCUUGAACCCGCGAUGGGACGAGACCAUCGACAUUCUUACGACAGGGCCGCUCAACAUCAUCGCUACAGUAUGGGAUUGGGAUGCACUCGGUGACCACGACUGCCUUGGUCGCACGAGUCUAAAGCUUGACCCUAACCAUUUCAAUGACUUUCUGCCUCGUGAGUACUGGCUGGACCUCGACACACAAGGCCGCGUCCUUGUGCGAGUGAGCAUGGAAGGCGAGCGAGAUGACAUCCAAUUCUAUUUCGGCAAGGCAUUCCGCACCUUGAAGAGGACAGAGCGUGAUAUGACGCGGAAGAUCACUGACAAGUUGCUGGCCUACAUUCAACAAUGUCUGUCUCGUCGAACGCUUCGAGGACUCACGAGCACGUCCACCUCCGCUGCCAUCGCGGGCGUGUCCAUGAACACGAUGCGAGGCUACUUCUCACGGGUGACGAAUCAAGUCCAAGGCAAAUCACAUGCCGUUGCUACGCCGCCUCCGCAAGCGCCGACAGGUUCGGCGCUGGUGGAGCAAGCCAACAAUGCGCUCAAACCGCUCUUGCAGUACUUCGAUGAUAACUUUGCGAUUAUGAAGCAGACGCUCACGGAUAGCGCGAUGACCAUGGUGAUGACCAGGCUGUGGAAAGAAGUCCUGGUUCAGAUUGAGAGCUUGCUAGUGCCGCCGCUCAGCGACAAGCCGUCUGCACAGAAGCCACUCACGCAAGCAGAAGUCGAUGUGGUCUACAAGUGGUUACAGAUACUCUUCGAGUUUUUCAAUGCCAUGGACCACGAGACCGGCAAAGCAGAUGGCGUUCCGACAGACGUGCUCAAGAGUCCGAAAUAUCAUGACCUCCAGAAUCUCGCAUUCUUCUACUUCGAAUCGACAGACAACCUAAUUCGUACAUCUGAAGCCAUGGCUUCCGCGACAGCUGCGCGACAGCAAGAGCAAGCUGCUCGCCUCAAUCGCAUGUCUGCGCCUGCUGGCUUCCUUUCUCCAGCACUCGGAGGAACACGUCGUAGCAAAUCGAUCUUGCAAAAGAGGAAUCUUGGUACAAUGCGCAAGGCCAAGGAAGAGAAGAGGAAGGAGGCACAAGCCGAUCCGAACGACGACAUGAUUUUGAGAAUUCUCAGAAUGAGGCCGGAAGCAGAAAGAUAUCUCAAAGAUCGUAGCAGGCAGAAAGAGCGACUUGCGGCUGCAGCUGCGGCAGAAGCCAUCGUUCGGCAGAGUCUGCAAUCUAGCAGGGCUGGACAUUCGCACUCUCAGAGUUUGGGCGGACAAAGGGGCGGUAUGCAGAGAGGUGGUAUUGCGCGGCAGUGGGGUACGAUCAAGGAAUAAUUAAGAGCAUGAACAGUUAGUUGAUUUUGCAUUUCGAAGCAAGCUCUUGGAGGGUAAUCAUGGGUAUGCGUACUCUUGCGGCAUCAACGGCACAGCAUGGACAGACCAGCGCGGCGUUUUGUGUGCAUUGAUCGGGAGCGUUUCUGACUUUUGAUAUACCCUAUGUAGUUACGCAGCGAUCACAUGUCUUUUGAAGUGGGUUUAUCGAAGCCUGGUCUCUUUCUACCCCGUCGAGGAUCCCAUAGCCGAUUUCAAAUGCCACCUUCCGCACGCCGAAUCCUUUUCCCGUUUGGCUUGCGGCCAGCAAAGCCAGCAUUGAGCUUUCAAGAGCACUUCAAGUACAAGUUGGGGCCACGCCUGUGAUGGCGUGAUAAUCCGCCCGUCAUACUUGGUCUCUAACGAUGAGUCUCCUGCUUACAAAGGUCGACACUGUAAGCCUCAAAAGCAUGUCUCCAAAGCCACAUAUCGGAAAACUCUCUCAUGCGAACUGGCACAAAUCACACCA